CUACACAAUUCGGCUUCCCAUAAUCCAGUGCGCUGAUAGAGUCUUUCGAGAGGACGCUACGAUAAGGGCACAGCUUAUUGCUUACUGAGACUCAUUAUCUAUUGACUGAAGAUGGCUGAUGUUAUUGACGACAAGAUCAAGAACUACAGAACGGCUCCAUUCGAUGCCCGUUUUCCAAACACUAAUCAGACAAGAAACUGUUUCCAGAAUUACCUGGACUUCCACCGGUGUAAUAAGGCUUUGUCAAGCAAAGGGCAGGACACUUCUCCCUGCGAAUGGUACCAGAGAGUCUACCAGAGCCUGUGUCCAAUGAGCUGGGUGGAGAGAUGGAAUGGGCAGAUUGAGGAUGGAAGCUUCGCCGGAAAGAUCUAAAUGGUUUCUGUUACUUUCAGAUCAAGAAAUCCCAACCUUUUGUAGAGUACCUCAUCAUAUGUUAUCCCUAGACGAUGUUGUCUUAGUUAUUGGUUUGCCUGCUGGAGGCUGAAAGCUCAUUCAGAGUGGGAUUUGGAAACCUAAGUCCUAAAUUUACCCUGAUCUGUGUCACUCUACAUCCUACUGUUGCAAUAUACACAAUAAAAACGCACAAUUUCAUCUAAA